AUGCAACCAGAGGGGAGGGACCUAAUUCUGCAGCUGGAUCCCAUUGGUCUUGAUCUGUUAGUUGCUGUAAUAAGGUUUGCUGCUGGAGAACUUGACGCUCGAAGAGAAGUAACUUUCCGGACUUUGGAGGAGAUGUUUCAGAAUGAGAGGGAUGUGAAAGCUACCGCGAUUGAGAACAAUAUAAGAGAAGUAUUUGAAAAUGAAAUACGUCCUUUGGAGAUUAGCGAUAAAGAAACGUUUGUCAUGAUCAUGAAGCUGGUUAUUCAAGUUUUCUCAGUCAGCAAAGCAUCAUACACUGAAACCAUAUUGAACAAAGAGCUCUCUAUAGCGUUAAAUAAGGCCCUCCUUAAAAUAUAUACCUACAUCGGAAGCAAAACUCAAAACUUUGAGCAAGCAACGGUGGGGUUUCAAAUCUUUGGAUUUUCAUUGACAAUGUAUUUUGGACUAUGCAUAAACAAUGAAACAUGUUCAGGUGAAAUUGCUCAACCUCGAAAGAAAAAGGGUUCUUUAUCAACAGUUUGGAGUUCACAAUUUAACCGCGAUAAGUUAUUGGAUGUCCAGUUGCCCACACUCAUGAGAGGGCCAAAUAUGUUAUUUUUACUGUUACCAUUUAGAGCUUCUUAUAGUGGGGAGGGUGAGCUUGCGUUUUUCCUUAAGGGAUACUUGUCUCCACUCAUUGAAGCAGUCACAGGAUAUGAAUAUUGGUCAUACCAGAGGUACAGCUUGUUAAGUCGAGGGUUCACGCCAGAUGUCUCCAUAAGAAUACCAACAAGCGACAUCUUGGCCAAAGAAGCACACGCUGAUGUAUGGCAAGUGAUGGAAUUGAAAAAUGUGGAUCUUGGUGAAUUCCCAUCAACAAAGAAGACACACUUGGCCACCCUUAAACAGGUUAUUCUUUCUGCAUAUGCUGCAGGAAAUUGCUUAAGAAUGAACAUCAUAACCCCACACCAAGUUUAUUUUCUUGAAGUUGCCAGCCAUCAGCUUGUUAUGAAGUUUUGGGCACAGUACCAUGAGUUUGAGUUUAAGAUUAAAAUGUAUGAUCUGCGUUUAAAUGACGAUGUUAGUACCGCUUCAGCAUGGUUUUUGAUGAACCUUGCGGAAGAUAUGAUGGAUUCGAAGCACUUCAGAUUUGUCUGUCAUGAACUGUUGGAAUUUGGGACAACAUCAGAUAGGCUCGAAUGA